AUGGACAAAGAAAAAACGGGGCAAAGUUGUCGAAAAUGUGACGCAGCGGACAACGAGAGUAUGGUCCAGUGUGACACCUGCGACGCCUGGUACCACUUCAACUGCGUUGGAGUACAUAGCAAUGUGGCUGACGAAAGCUGGAGCUGUGAAAGCUGCCAGAAUCAUGCAUCAACCACGAACGCACAUCCAACCGCAUCGUCAUCGCCAACUACCAAGCAAGGUAACCGGCACGUGAAUUUUCUCCCAACGUUUCCAACAAUUGCGAAGAUAUCUAACUCAACAGUCAAUCCGCUUCUAAAACCUGCAACUAAUAUAGCAAAUUCUACAGUUACUACCGCUACUCCAGUAUCCACGAACCUUUCGACCUGGGCUUCUUCGAACUGGAAUUUCGAACCCAGUACAUCAGUUCAGGGAUCGCAACUGUCAAAUAAAUCAAGUGAGUAUAACCCAGGGCUACAACAAUUCACAACGGGCAGCAUCGCCACCUCUGCAAAUGAGAUCUCGUACAGUCAACCAAAAGUAUUCUCGUCGGUGCAGCAAGUAGGUAUACGAAAUGGCCAAGGUAUGCAGAUGCCAUUCAACUCCGAAAUAUAUCGAAACCUUCAGCUUGAAAAGUUGGAAGAGCAGAUGAAAUUGCAACAACAAUAUUUGGACAACAAAUAUAAGAUUCUUUCGCAGUAUAACGACCUGCCCUCAUCCAGCACUUCGAUGGCCUCUUUUAGCAAUGGGCCUACACCUGGGCAAUUAGCAGCAAGGCAGGCCAUACCUAAGCAGCUCCCAACCUUUAAUGGCGACCCUGAGGAAUGGCCGCUGUUUAUUAGCAGUUUCGAUAACAGCACUACGGUCGCGGGGUACACCGAUGCGGAGAAUUUAAUUAGAUUACAAGCGAGCCUUAAAGGUAAAGCACGGGAGAUGGUAAAAUGUAAAUUGUUUUUGCCGUCCAUGGUCCCUGAGAUCAUAAAAACUCUUAGAAUGUGCUUUGGCAGACCUGAACACAUCCUUGAGCGCGCAAUGAAUAAAGCUCGUGCUAUGCCUGCACUGAAGGAUAAAUUGGAGGGCCUUAUUGAAUUUGCACUCUGCGUCAGGAAUAUUUGUGCCACGAUGGAGGGAUGCCAAAUGUACAUGCACCUGCAUAACCCACUGCUCAUCAAGGAGUUGGUUGACAAGCUCCCCAACAACCAAAAGCUGAACUGGGCGGUUCACCCGAAAGAUGAAAAGACUCCGGUGGUGAAACAAUUCAGCGACUGGUUGUACAAUCUAGCCGAAGCAGCCAGUACCGUCGUCUCUUUAGCACCUGCCAAAAGUAGUGCUACGGUUAACACGCAUACUAUCGACGUGAGCACUCAGCAUCCAUCACCAGCUCGCAACAUACCAAGGAGCAAGCAGUGUAUAAUUUGCAAGAGCAACGAUCAUAAGGUAAUGCAAUGCGACACUUUUAAAAAAUUUACACUUCAGCGAAAAUGGGAGGAAGUUAAGGCGAACAACCUCUGUCGCCAAUGUUUGAAUCCGCAUAGACGGAAAUGUUUUAUGAAUAAAGUAUGUGGUGUAGAUGGUUGCACUAUAAAACAUAAUCCGUUACUACAUAAAACAAUCACGGUAAUGAGCCAACAAAAACCCAUCGCCGUAAGUACAAAUACAUACGAAUUUUUAGAUGCGCAGAUAAAUACGCACAGUAGCAGCCACGAAGAAAUGCAGCCACUCUUCAGAAUCGUUCCGAUUCGCAUUUAUUCUAAAAAUAAAGUACUGAAUAUAUUUGCAUUUUUAGAUGAAGGCUCUUCUGUGACGCUAAUGGAAAAAAGAAUAUUUGAUGAAUUAGGCUUGAAAGGUGAACGAGACCCUCUGUGUUUGCGGUGGACAGGUAACACGACGCGUGUUGAAGAAAAUUCUGUGCGGGCGGCUAUCGAAAUUUCGAGUGUGACAAAUUGGCAGAAAUAUACUCUCAAGAAUAUUCAUACUGUUGACGAUCUCAAUCUUCCGGCACAGUCAAUCAAUGCAUCUGCGAUGGAGCGGCUAUAUCCAUAUCUAGCGGGACUGCCAAUUGCAUCAUAUAACAACGUAAAACCAUCAUUGCUUAUCGGUGCGGACAACUGGAGGUUGGCAAUUCCACUCAAAAAAACACUAUGGUUCCAGCCCAUAGCGUCAAAAACCCGUUUAGGAUGGGCGUUGCAGGGGUGCAAUUCAAGACAGACUGCCGAAUAUCGACUAAAUAUACAUACAUGCGAUUGUCAAAAAAGAUACGAUGAGCUGCACGAGACUGUAAAAGAAUUCUUCACGUUAGAGUCAUCCAAACCUACUCAGCUACUGUCGGAAGAAGAUGCCAAAGCUGUGAGUAUUGCGAAUAACAAUUGUAAAAAGGGCGAUAACUUUUACGAAAUUGGGCUACCGUGGCGUACCUCAAGUGUAUUGCUACCCAAUAACUAUGUACAUAUAUGCUUUACAACGGCUGAUGUGUUUGCAGAGGAAGGGUACGCGAAAAAACUCUCCCCGAUUGAGGCUGCUAUUUCUAACGGUAAAACAUGGUAUUUGCCUAUUUUCAUUGUAAGCAAUCCAAAUAAGCCUGGAAAGCUUCGGAUGGUGUGGGAUGCUGCUGCAAAGGUGAACGGGGUGUCACUCAACGACUUCCUACUGAGUGGCCCAGACUUGCUUAACCCACUCGUUAGUAUUUUAUUAGCUUUUAGAGUAGGCAGAGUGGCUAUAUGCGGUGAUAUAGCGGAGAUGUUUCACCGUAUCAAUAUACGGGACAGCGACAUGCAUGCUCAGCGAUUUUUGUGGUGCGAUGACGGUGAUGAUCCUCAGAAACCAAGUAUUUAUGUCAUGCGAGCGUUGACCUUCGGAUUGAAUUGCGCUCCGUUUAUUGCCCACUACAUACGUGACAAAAACGCUGACCAUUUUGAAAAUGAACUUCCUCGAGCCGUAGAAGCUGUAAAGAAGAACCAUUACGUGGAUGACUUUAUUGACUGUGGAGAUGAUGAACAAUCUGCGUUAGAAUUGGCUCAACAAUUAAAAAAAAAUCAUGGCGCCGCUGGCUUCAAUAUACGUGGCUGGUCUUCGAAUUCCAAAUUUGUCGUGGAGCAGCUCGAAGAAGAUCCUAUAUUUGCGAGACUUCGUCGCGAUGUUAUUAACGAAUCGAUCAUACCAACGAAAAGAGAAGCACUCCAAGUUUUAAUGUCGAUCUUCGACCCUCUUGGAUUUGUUUGCUGCUACACCGUAGGGUUAAAGAUCUUGCUGCAAGAUGUAUGGCGAUCUGGUCUCGCCUGGGACGACCCGCUCCAAGACAAUCUUUUCGACAAAUGGAACCAGUGGAAGUCCAUUAUGCCAUUAAUAACAGCUGCCGAAAUACCUCGAUGUUAUUCACUAUUGCUGAAAGAUGCUGAAGAUGUUCAACUUCACACCUUUGUUGAUGCCGGGGAAAGCGCGUAUGCAGCCGUUUGCUACUUGCGUGUAUCAAAGGGAAACGACGUCACGGUUAGUCUAGUGGCUGGCAAAUCCAAAGUCGCACCGCUAAAGCCAUUAUCGAUACCCAGACUAGAGUUGCAGGGGGCGGUAAUUGGUGUGAGGCUGGCGAACAUGCAUAGUUUGGAAUCAAGCGUCAUUCCUAAGAACUUCGCCGUAUUGGAGUAA